AUGGACUGCUGCCGGCACGUGAACCCGUUCCGCGCCUGCGCGGGGCUGCGCGGGCUGGGCUACCUCGUGGUGGCGCUCGUCGCCGCCAUCGUCGCCUUGUCCUACUACGCCGUCGUCGUCUACACCUGGGGCCCCAUGGUCCUCGCCGGGGGAGCAGCCGCGGCAGGUGCUGCCGCCGUGAUCGCCGCCUUCCACAUACUCCUUGCAAUGAUUCUUUGGUGCUAUUUGGCGGUUGUUUUCACUGAUCCUGGUGCUGUACCUGAAAAUUGGAGACAUGAUGCCGAAGAUAGUGGGAAUCCUUCAUUUUCCUCUUCAGAGGAGCAAGGAAGUGCUCCUAGAUAUUGCUCUCGCUGUCAAAAUGGCAAACCUCCCCGCUGUCAUCAUUGUUCUGUUUGUAAUAGAUGUGUGCUCAAAAUGGACCAUCACUGCAUUUGGGUAGUGAAUUGUGUUGGAGCAAGGAACUACAAAUAUUUUCUCCUUUUUCUGGUGUAUACAUUUAUUGAGACUGUGCUGGAUACCUUGGUACUACUUCCAAACUUUAUUGAAUUUUUUCAAGAUGAAAGUAGGCGUUACAGCUCUCCCGGGGAUAUUGCUACUCUAUUUCUUGCUUUUGUUCUCAAUUUGGCAUUUGCGCUGAGCCUCCUCUGUUUCAUUGGCAUGCACGCUUCUCUUGUUACACGUAAUACGACUUCUAUAGAGGUCUAUGAACGAAAGAAGUCAGUUUCAUGGAAAUAUGACCUAGGAUGGAAAAGAAACUUGGAGCAGAAACGCAGGCUCAUUGGCUCAAGCAUCGCCCAGACGUGGCACGUGAUUGACGUUUCAAAUCUCAUCUACGUUGCUGGUGCUCUUAGGUCAGGGCCAAUGGAGAACUUGAUCAGACAUUGCCCCAUAGCAAACAGCAGCGGAACAAUUCCUCUCUCACCCAACGCAUGCUCUGGUGAUAGCUUCAGCUUUUGGACUAACGAGACCGCUCAAGUCACUGAUGUGGAUGCAUUGCAUUGCGAAGCCCUCAAACCCCUGACACACGUAGACAAAAGCACGACAAAGAGCAAGUGGAAAAAAAAGUAG